CUUCCCUUUAAGCCCGCCCCUCUCCUUUUGGCAGCGGGGCUCGGAGAGCUCACGACCGAGUCUCGCGGCCGAGCUAGCAUCGCCGUUUCAGCGGGGGCGCGCGGGCUUGCGCUCGCCUAAAUGCCUCUCCUCUCCUAGAAACGGCCCCGACGACGACGCUGGGGAGAUGCUCUCCGCAGCCCACCAGUUGCUCCGAGGCUGCAAAGGGGGAUGGCAAGCCCCAACUCGGAUUCCGAUGCUUCCGGGCCCUGCUUUUGCCGGCGGAGGGCGAAGACCAGGCGGCUGCGUUCCCCAAAGGGUCCGGUUGCAGAUGCUGUGUGUGAGACAAACUGGAAAUUUGAGGCACCACGGAAGAGCCCUCUAUAGCACUCUAGUGCCACCUGAUGAAGUAACUGUUCAUUAUAAACAUGGUCUGCCUGUGAUAACACUUACGUUACCUUCAAGAAAAGAACGUUGCCAGUUUACUGUCAAGCCAAUGCUAACAACUGUGGGCACCUUCUUACGGGACAUAAAGAGAGAAGAUAAUGCAAUUGAAAAGGUAGAAGUCUUCACAGCAGAUGGCAGCAAGAUUUCAAAUUCAGCAUUGAUGGAAGUUCUGUUAAUGAAUGAUUUUAAACUCAUUGUCAAUCAUGCAGAAUAUAGUGUGCGUACACCACUGAAAGAUAAAAUGAGCACAGAGCAUGCCACAGAGAUAGAUGACAUCAAGUCAACAGUCCAUAAGUUAUUUGUAGCACUUCAUUUAGAAGAGCACCAGACAAGCAAAGAGAGAGAGCUACUGCAAAAAAUGGAACUUUUGAAAGAAGAACUGCUCCCUUUAGAACAGAUGAAGGCUAGAAUUGCAGCAGAUACUGAUGCGAAGACUUCUCGCCUUCUCUGGAUUGGUUUAGCCUUAAUGUCUACUCAGGGUGGAGCUCUGGCUUGGCUAACCUGGUGGGUCUACUCAUGGGAUAUUAUGGAACCUGUUACUUACUUUAUCACCUAUGGAAGUGCCAUGGCAUUCUAUGCUUACUUUGUACUUACUAAGCAGGUAAGUAAUCUGUUAGGGUAAUAUAUACACACAAAAAAUCAGUUCUGACUGCUUGAAAUUUGAAGCAUACAUGUGCAAGCCUUUGAAGUAUUAAGAUAUUAACUUUUACUCUGAGAGCUAGGUUGUAGGAUGUCUGCUUUCAAAAGUUCUGCAAGUUGUUCAGAGAGUUUGGUUGAUUAGUAAAGUCUCAAAUGCUUCAGGUUUAUAUUUGCUGUUCAUUAUAUUUACAAGAUAGCACCUACAAAAUUAAUACAGUCUAUGUAUCUUGUGCAUGCAGUGCAGGAACAGAUUAUCUAUUUUUAAAUUAACAGUCUUUAGAAUAAUAGAAAGGCAGAUCAGUCCUCCUUAUUCAAUUAUCUGGGGAUUCUAAAGCUUUAAAGAAAAAUAUAUCAAA